CAAAUCCUAUUUAAACCAGCGCCACAAAAGUCCACAACUCGGUUCCAGAUUUCCCCUUCGGCGCCGAUUUCGUGUUCAGUUUCCCCGAACCACCUCCACGCCUACGACGACCCACAGAUAUAUUUCACCAUCCCACCUGCUUUUCCGCCGUCCAAGCAAGAAAAGAAUCGAACUUUCCGCGGACCCUCUCUCGGAAGAGAGUAGAAGAAGCCGCCCGCUAACCCUUAACCCUUAACCUCUUUCGUCUUCCCGUUCGAGAAUGCCAUUUGAAUCGUCCCGAUCCGAGCGUUCUACCUCCUCCCCUAUUUCCAAAUUCGCUGCGGCUUUCGGUUUAGGGUAUCGCGGAGGUUGAUCAACAAGAUAGAAAUUGCCAAUUGUGGGGUUUUGGCAGAGAAGAGGGUUCUUCUUCUUUUGUGUGGGUACUCACUCCGGUUGAGGGGGGGGAGAAGAUAUGAUGGCGGACGGGAACUCGGGGAGGGAGCAGGCAGGAGAUGCAGUUGCUGUGUUUGAUUUGAGCGAGGAGGAUGUUUCCCUCGAUCUUGAUAUGAUUUUUGACAUUCUCGAAGAGUCUGAUCCUCCUGCACCCCAGUAUCAGCAGGAGGGUGCGCAGAAUUUUCUUAUUAAUGGGGAGCAAGUUGGGUCAGUUCCUGAUUCUGGAAACCAAAUGAACUUCCACCUUCAAACUUCAGCUGACAUUUCGUCCACGACUUACGAAACUGAAUCUCAGUCCAGGCAUGUCGAAGGGGACACUAAUUCCAGCGAAAACUUUGACUAUUGGAUUGACAGCUCGAAUAAUGGUUUUGUAAACGAUGGGUCUGUGAUGGAAAACAGUUGGGAAGUUUCAGGUUCUGAGAAUGGAACUGAACAAUUUACGAAUAUGGCCCUGGGAGAUACAACUGUACAUUUGCAAGGCGCGAUUCCUUCUACAUCUUCGUUCUCUCUUAAUUCCGAUCUUAGUAGUGAUUUUGAUGAGUUUUAUCCUAGCAGUGGUUAUUUUCCACAGCAUGGUCUAUCUGGUGAAUUCAAUUCUGACAAGGUGCCUGGUAGUGAAGCGCUGAUGAUUGAUACAAUGAGUGAGAUUAUUAUACCUCCAACUGAGGGCUUCGAGUUGUCUGGUGUGCUUGACAAUGAAUUAAUGAUGAUUGGUGGGAUGAGUGAGAUGAGUAUGCCUCCAACUGAGAGCUUUGGGUCGUCUGGUUUGAUGUGUCUAGAUCCUGAAGGCCAUGGUUUUAACCAAGAAUCACAUACCGACCUCAAAUUUGGGUCUUAUGUUUAUGAUGGAGGUCAGAAUGAAACAUCGAUACGACCUUGUAGUUCUAAUGCAUUGGGCCACAGGGGGAAGCCUCCGGUUUUUGUACACCCAAAGCAUUCAACAUCUAGUGCUGCACCUGCGAUGUUAAGGCGUUAUGGCACGAUUAAGGCAGAGAACGACAGAAGCUAUCUAAAAGUUGAACCAAGGAGCUCUGAAGUCCAUGUUGUUUCAUAUCCCAGUAAGAAUAGAGACAUGAAUAUAAAAUCCCGGGACCAGCAUUUUGCUAGGGUACGGCGAUAUGGUACACCCAUUUACCAACAACAUUGUUUGAAGGAUGAAGCGAUUUCUCAAAGUAAGAAUAGAGACAUGAGUAUAAAAUCCCGGGACCAGCAUUUUGCUAGGGUACGGCGAUAUGGUACACCCAUUUACCUACAACAUGGUUUGAAGGAUGAAGCGAUUUCUCAAAGGAGCUUUCCUAACGCUUUCUCAAGAGUCAGUCCUGAAUCAACCCACAGCAACUCAUCCGGUAGUCAAUCGAUUGUGGAUGAUGACUCUGACCUCUGUAUUCUUGAAGACAUCAGUCAACCUCCUCGUUCAAGCCAUUCUCAACCGUACAAAAAGCCCAUUGAUUCAUUCCAACCCGUUAGUCACAGUGAUUCCUAUCAUUACAAUGGAGCUGGAGUGCGACCUAGGGUUUGUGACGAGCGAGUCUUAUUUCGAGUUGCCUUGCAGGAUCUUAAUCAACCGAAGUCUGAAGUAAUUCCACCUGAUGGCUUUAUGGCAGUACCUCUUAUGAGACAUCAGCGAAUUGCUUUGUCGUGGAUGGUUCAUAAGGAAACAUCUGGGAUUCAUUGUUCUGGAGGAAUUCUAGCUGACGAUCAGGGUUUGGGAAAGACGAUAUCAACCAUUGCUCUCAUACUUAAAGAAAGGGCUCCAUGUCAUGGAGCCGAUGUAGCUGUUGUUAAAAAAGAGAAGUUUGAGACCUUAAAUUUGGAUGAUGACGAAGAUGGAAUUAUUGAAGUUAAAGGAAUAGAAAAGGGAAGCAGUGAUUGUGAAGGUAUAAAAAAGGAAGACAGUGAUUGUGGAGCAGGUACAAAAAAGGAAGGCAGUGAUUCUGGAGCAGGAAUAAAAAAGGAAAGCAGUGAUUGUGGAGUGAUGUCCUAUCAAAAUGCAUCAAAGAGUAUUAAUCUUCUAGGCCAAUCGAAAGGUAGGCCAGCUGCGGGGACUCUCAUUGUUUGUCCCACUAGUGUUCUACGACAAUGGGCUGAGGAGUUGCAUAAGAAAGUAACUACUAAAGCUAAUCUCUCUGUUCUGGUAUAUCAUGGAAGCAACCGAACAAAAGAUCCUCAUGAACUUUCAAAGUUCGAUGUAGUCUUGACAACAUACUCUAUAGUGAGCAUGGAAGUCCCAAAGCAACCUUUUGCCGAUGGAGAUGAUGAAGAGAAAGCAAGAGCAGAAGGUGAUGAUCCUCCUCUUGGUUCAUCCGGUAAGAAAAGAAAGUAUCCGCUAACUUCUGGCAAGAAAGGUAGUAAGAAGAAGGAAUCUGAUAGUGCAUUAUUUGAAACUCUUGCUCGGCCAUUGGCAAAGGUGGCAUGGUUUAGGGUUGUUCUGGAUGAAGCUCAAAGCAUCAAGAAUCACAGAACUCAAGUAGCCAGGGCAUGCUGGGGUCUUCGUGCAAAACGCAGGUGGUGCUUGUCUGGAACUCCUCUGCAGAAUGCAAUUGAUGAUCUUUAUAGCUACUUCAGGUUUCUAAGAUAUGACCCCUUCACCGUGUUUACCGAAUUCUGCAAUCGAAUAAAACUCCCAAUUCAAAGAAGUCCAGCUAAAGGUUACAGAAAGUUACAAGCUAUCUUAAAGACAAUAAUGCUUCGUCGUACCAAAGCUACACUGCUUGAUGGGGAGCCAAUCAUUACCCUACCCCCGAAGUUCAUAGAACUUAAAAGAGUUGAGUUUACAGAUGAAGAGCGCUGUUUCUAUUCAAGACUAGAGAAUGAUUCACGUGAUCAGUUCAAGGAGUAUGCUGCAGCAGGAACUGUUAGGCAAAACUAUGUUAACAUUUUGUUGAUGCUCCUACGUCUUCGUCAAGCAUGUGAUCACCCUCUUCUCGUUAGAGGCUAUGAAUCAGCUGCAUUGGAAAGAUCCACAAUUGAGAUGGCAAAGAAGCUUCAUCAUGAGAAACGAAUGAGCCUUCUGCAUUUUUUAGAGGCAUCUUUAGCAAUCUGUGGCCUCUGUAAUGAUCCGCCUGAAGAUGCUGUUGUCUCCAUUUGUGGCCACGUUUUCUGCAAUCAGUGCAUCUGUGAACAUCUUAACGGAGACGACAACCAUUGCCCUACUCCUCAUUGUAAAGUUCCACUAAAUGUGUCUUCAGUGUUCUCCCAAGCCAUUUUGCACCGGUCUCUUGCUGACCAGAGCAGUGAAGCUGUUUUUCUUCCUUCCCCCGAUGCUGUUUUUCUUCCUCCAACUGAUGCUGUUGACGAAGUCAGUUCUCGUGCUGAAGCUGGCGGCCCAUAUGAUUCUUCCAAAAUCAGGGCUGCUCUUGCUGUCCUGCAGUCAAUUUCCAGGCCUCAGCAGUCUGCUUCGGAAAAACUGUCUGAACAGGAUUCAGCCAAUAAUCUUAAAGGAAGCGGGACUGGAGAGAAAGCCAUAGUAUUUUCCCAAUGGACAAGGAUGCUAGAUUUGCUAGAAGCUUGUCUUAAGAGUUCCUCUAUUCAGUACCGACGACUCGAUGGGACAAUGUCAGUAGUUGCUAGAGAUAAAGCUGUGAAAGACUUCAACACUCUACCAGAGGUUUCUGUUAUUAUCAUGUCUCUCAAAGCAGCUAGUCUCGGAUUAAACAUGGUUGCUGCUUGUCACGUUAUGCUUCUAGACCUGUGGUGGAACCCUACAACAGAAGAUCAGGCUAUUGACAGAGCACAUCGCAUUGGUCAGACACGCCCCGUUAAAGUUUUGAGGUUGACUGUGAAAGACACUGUUGAAGAUCGUAUCUUAGCUUUACAGCAAAAGAAGAGAACGAUGGUUGCAUCUGCAUUUGGAGAGGAUAGGAAUGGUGGCCGUCAGACACGCCUAACUGAGGAGGAUUUGAGAUACCUAUUCAUGGGUUGAUUGAGUGAGAGAAAAUGGAAGUUCCAUUUCUUCUCUUGUUCACUCUAUUUUUUCAGUAGAUACAAGUUCUUGACAUAGAAUCUAUUCGUCGUACUCAGGAUUCUUUUUCCAGGUUCAAGUUGAGAUGAUGACUAAAAGGGCAUAGCAGCAGGUUCUUCCUCUGAUCACCAAGUUUUGUCCAGUCAUUGUAUAGCCAGGACAUAGCUGUAGAGAUAGAUAAUCAGGUAUAGGUAACCAAUAUAGUUUAAAAAAAGUUGAUAGGAAGUUCUACAUAUUUCUUAGGUAUGUUAUAUAUUUUCUUUACCCACCAAACAGUUUCCUGGCAUGUAUAUGAAAAGAGAUGGCUUUAUUUGUUCCUGAUAGCCUGUUUUCUUUCUCUGCUCCGUUUAAGUUUGUUCAACUGAUAUUGUUCGUUUGAAAUUUUGUAUUGUUGCAACUGCAAGUCAUAUGGGAUCGAAAAAUUUGAAGG